AUGCAGAGGAUACCAAAGCCCUGGCCAUCAGCUCGAGAUCUCAUUACACUUCUUGACAAGGCUGGCAGUUCAUUCACAUUUGCUACUACAUUGAUCCAAUGUGUUGGUGGAGAUCUCAUACCACACAGGGCCUUGCAAAAACUUCUGGCAUCAGGAGAUAAUGGUCUAGAUUCACUCUAUAAACAAGUGCUCUCCUCUGUUUCUUUGACUAGAGACUUCUGUCAGAUUCUCGGAACAAUCAUGAGUCUGGAGGAUAACAAAUCCAUUUCCUUUCUUGGCUCUUUUCUCUCUCUUCAGCAUGAGGAGGUCAUUUGUGGGCUAUUGCAAGUGCAGUCCAUUAUCAAAAUUCCUGGAGAUGAUAGGGAGCCUAUUAUGCUCUAUCACACAUCUCUCUGGGAUUUUUUGACCAUCCAAUCACGAUCAAAGCGAUAUUAUAUCUAUCCUUCUCUGCAACAUCUUCAUCUAGCCAUACUGUCUUUGCAGCAUCUGGUAAAAUAUCCUUCAAAAGACUUUUUUGAGGGUGAUGUGGUCAAGUAUGCUUCCCUUAAUUGGCCACACCAUAUUCUUUUGGCAUUCCAGGAGCAAGGAUCAAAUGUAGAGGAAACAAUUAUGACCACUAUGGUAACUCUUGUUAAGAACUUACUGAUCUUUCAGAGUAAAACAUGGUAUAACACUUUGCUGAAUAUGAGUACUGGUGAAAGGGAAGGGAUGUUAAGCUGUGUGAAGGAUGGAAAGAUUUUGUUUCAGACAUUGCAAGGGUCAAUUAUUACAAAGAAUUUGAUCAAGAUAUUUCAACAAGUCAUUGAUUUCUAUGAAGAGAAUAAUUUUGUGGGCCAAUAUUUUGCAUAACAUGUCACAUCUUAUCAGCAGCUGUCUGUUUCUUUCAGAGAGUAAGUAUUAAAUGUUGACCUUGCUACUUGUACAGCUAAUGUUCUUGUUUAU